GCAACGGGACGUAAACACAUGCAUCGGGCAAUGGUUCUGUAACCUUAAGUCUUAUGAUUAAACCACAACAAAAGAAGAGAAACGUAAACAUAACAACCACAAAUAGUAGCCGAGUACUAAGUCAUACAGAGCAAGAUGGCUGACGCAGACAAGACGGACAAUGUGCAUGAGGAAAGUUUUAUGCUGUACAAGAAGCUACCAUCACAUAUGAUUAAAGAUAAGACGCUACUUCAGGUCCCAAAGGAUUCUAAAGAUUUUGUGAACAGCUUCUUAAAAGCUGCCGCUCCCAAGGGUCGUUCAGAAGAAAUAGAGAAGUUCUCCUCUCGCAAGGAGAUGGUAAUGGACGCCCUGAAUAAGAAGAAGCGCAGUAAACGGAAACGGAGUAAGAAAGCACUGAGCACCAAACAGAAGAAGCAACUCAACAUGAAUGAUAUACCACCAGAACAACAAAAGUAUGAGAUGUACGAGCCGUUACACCAGCUGUGGUUGGAUUACAUCAGAGAUAGUCUGCAACUCAACAGAGAAACAGUUAAACCAGAACAUCGUCACACUAAGUUGUUAAGAUGUGAUCUUCAUGGCAGUAUAAUAACAGUGACUAAAUCAAAGUGUCCUUCCUACAUCGGACAGUCAGGAAUUGUUGUACAAGAAACAAGAAAUUCAUUCAAGAUGAUCACAAAGGCAGACUGUCUUAAAAUUAUUCCCAAGGUGAGCACAGUAUUCACAUUGUCAGUGGAUGACAUUGUGGUGAACAUCUACGGCACCCAUCUCAGAUACAGAGCCAGCGACAGAGCCAAUAGGAAAUUCAAAUCAAAACCAACCAUUGACUUAUAACACUAGAGAGUGGCAUCUCUGUGACCUCCAAGUUGUCAGACGGCUAGGAACAAGUUCAAUGGGCACCGUGGUUAACUAUUUUGAAUGGAACCCAGGCUCAUCCAUUGAUUGACUACUGUGGUCGACAAUUUGGAACCAGCCUCGAGACCAUGGUUUCUUCUUUGGUCCCGACAGCCUGCUCCAUGCUAUUACAGGAGUAUAUGUAGUCAGUGACGAUUAAGCAAAAAAGACAGAAGGCAAUGGAGUGUUGAAUACCAUGGUACCGAUGGUUGACUAGGCAUCCAACGAGUCGUCCGAGUGACUGCCCAUUUAUGUUGCUGGCAGUGGUCAAUCACAGGUCGACUAAUGGGCGGUCGAACUUGCUCUAGAUUGUCCUAAAAGCCAUGUUUCCGACUGCCAACAGGAGCCCUGUCUGGAAAGCCUGCCAAGCCAGACAGUCUCUUUGCUAGUCUUGGUUCUAUCUCAUAAUCCCUCGCGCAAGGUCAGGGCCCAAUUUCAUAGAGCCGCUAAGCACAAAAAUUUGCUUAGCAUGAAAUGUCUUCCUUGAUAAAAACAUGAUUACCAACAACAUUUCCUUUUGUUGCAUAUAACGUGUUACUGGUCUUCAGCUGAUGUUUGCUCAUCCUGAAAAUCAUGUGGAAAUUUGGUUGGUAAUCCUGUUUUUAUCGAGGCAGACAUUUCAUGCUAAGCAAAUUUUGGUGCUUAGCAGCUCUAUGAAAUUGGGCCCUGUUGUUAAAAUAGAUUCAACUAAGGUAGCCUAAGUUCCGUCUAGUUGAAGAUAGUUGGACUACACUAGUCGACUAAUUGGACCAUCCUAUACUGGGCAUGGUGGCAUUACUGGUUAUCAACAGAGGUUUUCUAAGAGUGCAGGGUGGACCAGUUAUAAGGAAGUGAUAAGGUACGUUGAGCUGCGGGUCAUGUUGGCACGACAUGACUAGAGUUGUCCGCACUUCAACUAUGUCACUAAACAACAGACCCACUUGAUAACCUUUGGUCCUUGAGCGACCUUGACUCCCGUAGGUAGACAUCUUCUGCUUAUGGAUCGACCCUUAGCACACUCUCCAUACUUUUGCAACAGUUUACCAUCAGUAAGUCAAAAGGCAAGCAAGCUUGCUGACGGUUUUAGUAAGCAGAUAAGUGCCGCACAAAAAAAUGAAAAUUCAUUGUGAAGAACAGGAACAAACUAUCAUGAUCUUCUUACUGCUUUGCUUACUUAAUUAAAGGGUCUAUGUACUUUUUCCUAACACAAAACACAAUGUCCACAGAUUUACAUUAAACUUACACAGUUUGA